AUGAGUGCUGAAAUCAAAGACGCGAGAAACAAAGCUUGGACGAAAAAGCUGGAAAAACUGAAUCCCAAAGGUAACUCGUUAUGGCGAAUGACAAAAAUCUUUAAAACAGAGUUCACCUCUGUACCUACGCUGCAAAAAGACAACGUGGAAGCUGUUACUGAUGAACAAAAAGCAAAUUUGAUAGCAUCAAGAUUUGAAGAAGUACACAACAUUGACACUAUCAAUAACACACCAGAGCAAAACAAAAUCACGGAGAAACUCUAUCCAUUAAUGGUCAAGGGUUCACCGCUGUACCAACACAACAAAGCAUUGAUACAUAAAAUGUUGUUAAGACCCAUAAUGCUGUAUGCUGCCCCAGUUUGGUGCAGUGCAGCUCCAACAAACAUCAAACUGCUUCAAACUUACCAGAAUAAAUGCUUGAGACUCAUCCUGUCGGCCAACAGAUACACAAGAAUCACCGAACUACAUAACAGAACGGGAAUUCCCUACAUUAAAGACUAUAUCGAAGACCUAGCUAAUAAAUUCUACGAAAACCAACUUAAU